AUGUCGUCGACCAUCAACCGAAGUGGAAGAAGUGUGGAGGAACGUGUGAAUCGCACACCAGACAAUUCAAUGCAAAGGGAUCUUAAAGUUGUAGUUUUGAGCUCAGAUUCAAAAAAGAAUAUGAAAACCAAAGUCAAUGUGAAGAAGUUUGCUACAGGAAAAGCAAGGGUUUCAAAAUCUAAAACAAAGAUACGGAAACAAAAAUGUUUGAUUGAAAGUGUUGACAUGGCAGAAGAUAAUGAAAUACAUAAGGAAAAUGAAUUGAGAACAAAAAGACGGUUUGAUAGUUGUAAAAUAAAAGGUGAUGAAGUUGUUGUUUUAAACUCAUGUUCAGGAAAACAUAAGGUAACUGUCAAGAAGCUUAAUGAAGAUGAAGACUCUGAUUUUGAAGAUGCUAAACCUGUGCUUAUAAGGAAAAAGAGAAUGCAUUAUACUUCCUUCAAAGAUGAUGACAAAGAAAAUGUGAAUAAAUUAAAAAGACAAAAGAAUAAAGAAGGAAAUGUAGUGAAAGCAAGGAAAAUGCCUAAAGUUGUAGGAAAUGAUGAAGAAGAAGCAAGGCGAAUACAAGUACGAACAUCUCCAAAUGUUUUGUACAGUUGUAUGCAUAACCUUAGCAAGGAACAGGAAGCGUAUAUUUCUUCUAUUGGUCUGGGGCAUUUGUUGAAUAUGAAAGUGGAUGGGUGUGCAUCAAUUAUGGGGCAUUAUACUGUAAGGAAUUUUGAUGCAGAUAGGAUGGUACUCAACCUUCAUCAUGGUGAUAUACCAAUUAAUCGGCAGGUUAUUCACGAAAUGUUGGGUCUACCUCUGGAAAAUGUUACAAUAAAGUCCAUGGCUUAUAGAGAAGUUACAGACGACACGAUAACUGUUUGGAAGAAACAAUUCGAUGAUGAAGAUAAUAUUAGACCAAGGGCAGUUCAACAAGUUAUUAUGCAAACAACACGUGCAGAUUUACUCUUUAAAGUAAACAUCUUUGUCCUGCUGUGUAAUACACUAGGUCAGUCAAUGAGCAUGGGAACAUGUGACCUUUCCAUGUUAUCAAAAGUCACGAAAGACCUGGAUCUAAGUGACAUCGAUUGGUGUGGAUAUGUUUUUGAUUGCCUUAAGGAGACAAAAAGUGCAUGGAAUCCAAACAGCAAAAAAGGAUUCUAUGUUGGGCCAAUUAUCUUACUGCUGACAACUAUUUCAACAAUAAAGGAGAUGCACGACAUGCUAGUGCAGCAAAAGAAAGUGUUGGAAGACAAAAUAAAUGAUGCUGUCAAGAAAUAUCCUAAGAAUCAAUUGGUCAAAGAAUGGAAAAACAAAGUAAAUGAUCUGUUUAAUGAAGUUUCCGCAUCAGAGGAACCAGAACAAUCUCAAUGGUGGUAUGAUAACAAGGCUGAAAUUGAACGUACACUGAAUCUAGCAACAUCUCACAAACAGUUUGACUACUCCCCGAUAGCAAACUGUAGUAUUCAGAUGUCAAAGGAAUAUGCAGACUUCGUGAAUAGAUCUGGAAGAAAAUCUUUUUAG